AGUGCCGGUGGGCGUCUCGCCGCGGUGCUGGUUAUAAUGCCGGGGCGGUGAGUGCGGCGGGGCCGCUGUGUCGGUACCGGUUGGGUGUGGAGCGGUGUGCCCGCAGCAGCGGGGGGCUCUGGUGCUUGUAGGGUCACCCUGGUGAGGAGCUCGGUUGGGCUGGCCUCGGUGAGGGACCCGGGUCGGUUGGGCCUUGAUGAGUCCCGGUGAGGGGCCUGGUCGGUUGGGUCCCGGUGCCCGGUGAAGGAGCCCGGUCUGUUGGGCUCUGGUGAGCCCCGGUGCCCAGUGAAGGAGCCCGGUCUGUUGGGCUCUGGUGAGCCCCGGUGCCCAGUGAAGGAGCCCGGUCUGUUGGGCUCUGGUGAGCCCCGGUGCCCAGUGAGGGGCCUGGUCUGUUGGGCUCUGGUGAGCCCCGGUGCCCAGUGAGGGGCCUGGUCUGUUGGGCUCUGGUGAGCCCCGGUGCCCAGUGAGGAACCUGGUCAGUUGAGCCCUGGUGUCCACUGAGGAGCCGAGUUGGUCUGGCCUGGAGGAACCCUGUUGUCUGGCUGUUCAGGCUGUGGUGGCCGUUAGGGCAGUAGCCCCAGGGUGGCUCGCUCUGCCCAGCUCUGCCAUGCCAGGCCAGGGGCCAUCAGGGGCCCGCCGGGCGCUGGUGGUGUUGGUGGCUGCGCUGGGCUGGCUGCUGGCCCUGCAGCUGCUGCUUGACCUGCGGGCGUUGGGACUGCUCUGCGGGGUGCUGGUGGCACUGGGUGGCUGGCUUGGCCCCCGUACUCUCAGCCCCCCUGGCCGGCGGCUGCGGCUGGAGCGCUUUGUCAGCUCCCUGCAGCCCCUGCCUCACUGCCCGGCUCCUGAAGGGUGGCUGGAGAGGGAGAUUGCCAGCACCAUCCACAAAGUGGUGCGGGACUUUGUCGCUUCCUGGUACCGCACCGUCAGCAGUGAGCCAGCCUUCGAGGCCGAGGUGGAGAAGGCUAUGAUGGGCCUGGCUGCUGAGCUGAGGCGGCGGAUGGGACGAGUGGACCGCCAAGCCCUGGCCCGCCGCCUCCUCCUCCUCUGCGGCCAUCACUUGCAGAGCUACCUGCAGGCCCGUGAGGCCCUAAGGAGUGACCCAGAGGGUAGCCGGACCCUGUGGCAGGAGUACAGCCAGCUGGCAGGGCCCCAUCCUGCCCUCUGCAGCCCAGCGGCCGAGGUGGGCUAUGCCCGGGCUGCUGUGGAGAAGCUGCUGCAGGCGCUGGUGCCCCAGCCCCAUCUGGAGACACGGACAGGACGCUUCGUGGUGGUGGAGCUGGUCACCUGCAAUGUGCUGCUGCCUGCCAUCAGGAAAAUGGCUGAUCCUGACUCGAUCAACCUUCUGCUCAUUGGGGCUUUCUCCAAAAAGACCCGGGGAGAGGAGCCACCCCUUGCACCCCCAGUGCCUGAUUUCUUGCCCUUUAUGGUGCAGACAGAUGCCAAUCCUGCUGGGCUGCCCCCUUCCCCGAGGCCCACGGAGGUGCCUGGACGAGAGUCAGGGGCUGCUGGUGAGGAGGGAGAGGACCCGGCGAGCAGGUCAUACCACACAGAGGAGCCCUUUCUCCGCCCACAAGCCCUGGGCUCCCUCUUCCCCUGUGAGGGUUUGGAGCUAGAGUCCCCCGCACCCGAUGCGGGCCAGGACACGGACCUGCUGGCACCGUCACCUGCGGGAGAAUUCCUCGAUGAACCCCUCCAGGACAACUCCACUGUGCUGGAGGGACCGGCUGCUUUGGAGGAUGGUGUGGGGGAUCUGGAGGAGGGCAUUGCCGCCAGCUCAGAUGCUGGCCUGCUUCCCACCUCUGCUUUUGUGCUGAGCUCCUGCCCUGACAUCCAGAUCGACCCGGCAGUUGAGAAGGAAGAGGAAAGCCCAGCUGUGGCCAAGAAGGCCUCCUCACAGAGGCCCUCCAGCUUGGGGAAAGAUCUGGCGGCAGCAGAGGGCCCACAGCAAAGCUCCCCAGACCCUGGGCAGGCUCUUCCCCCGCUCUCAUCCUCCCCAACAGCUUCCAUCAGUACCUUCAGCUUUGAGCCCCUCAGCAGCCCCGACGGGCCGGUUGUCAUCCAGAACCUGCGGAUAACUGGGACCAUCACUGCCCGAGAGCACAGCGGGACUGGCUUCCACCCCUACACCCUGUACACCGUCAAGUACGAGACAGCCCUGGAGGGUGAGAGCGCAGGCAGCCUUCAGCAAAUGGCUUACCACACUGUGAACCGCCGUUACCGGGAGUUCCUCAAUCUCCAGACCAGACUGGAGGAGAAACAGGAGCUCCGCAAGUUCCUGAAAAAUAUCAAAGGUCCAAAGAAACUGUUUCCUGAUCUUCCAUUUGGAAACAUGGACAGUGAUAAAGUGGAAGCCAGAAAAAGUCUGCUAGAAUCUUUCUUGAAGCAAUUGUGUGCGGUCCCUGAGAUUGCAAACAGUGAGGAGGUGCAGGAGUUCCUCGCCCUGAACACUGAUGCCAGGAUUGCAUUUGUCAAGAAACCCUUCGUUGUCUCCAGGAUAGACAAGAUUGUUGUCAAUGCCAUCGUGGACACCUUGAAGACGGCGUUCCCCAGGUCAGAGCCCCAGAGCCCCACGGAGGAUCUUAGUGAGUCUGAAGUGGAUGGGAAACCUCAGACAGAUGGGAAGAAGGCUAACAAGUCCAGGCUGAGGUUCUCAUCCAGUAAAAUUGCUCCGGUGCUGAGUGCGAGUGAAGCGCAUGACAGGAUCAUCUACUCUAUCAGGGAGGGCAGCGCUGUCUCUGGCACCCUGUCGCUGGCUGCUAUGGAGUCCUUCAUCCAGAAGCAGGAGAAGCUGCUGGAGGCAAUCCCCAGCAAAGCUCCUGAAGGUGUGGGAGGCAGAGAAGCUAAGGAAAGCUCCGUGCAGGAGGAUAUGGACGAGCUGGGGGCACAUCCGGACACAGACUCUGACUCUGAGACAGCUUUGGCUGACCUGGCCCUGGACGUGCUUCGUCUGCUGCUGAUGGAUCACUGGAGCUGGCUGUGCACAGAGAGCAUCCAGAAGGUCUUCCACCUGCUCUUUGGCACACUCAUUCAAAGGUGGCUGGAAGUCCAGGUGGUUAACCUGACCUGCACCCAGCGUUGGGUCCAGUACCUCCAGUUGCUACAGGAAUCCAUCUGGCCUGGAGGAGUUUUACCAGCGGUGCCUAAACCAGCCAGGACAGAGGAACAGAAGAAAGCAGCAGCAGAGCAGGCCCUGCAGAGCCUGAUGGGGAUCUUGCCCAAUGUGAUCCAAGAAAUCCUUGGAACCAGUAAAUGUCGGAUGAGCUGGAGUCUGGUACUGGAGUCCCUGGGCCAGCCUGUGAUAAACAGGGAGCAAAAGAGAGGAAGUGAUACAGACACUGAAAUUGCCCAGCAUCACCACAACUGCAGCCCGUGGGAGAUCUUAGCCAGUACUCAGAGAAGGCUGGACACGACUGUCGCUUGCCGGAUGCCCGUACUGGAAGAGAAGAGCCCAUUUCCAAAAGGCCCACAGUGAAAGGCUUUACAUUAAACCAUAAAUACCACAAUAAAUACCUUGCAGUUGUGGCUGCAAGGGCCGAGCAAGAGGCAAAAGCCAACGCAGGCUCGCCACGGCCGGCGUGCCCGGGAAAGGGAUGGGAUUUUGGGCUUCUCCUCGCCAGGUUUCCCACCUGCGCCUUUUGCAGAGAAUCUCCUCGGAUCGCUUCCAGCCUUCGCCUGACAAACAGAAAUCUGAAAUGAAACAGCCCGUUCUGGAGGGAUCGCGGGGGUCGGGGAGGGGGGGGUCUGUUGUAUAGCCCCACGCAGCUGUUAAUCACCAAAAUAUCUCUGGCUCCCAGCAGCUGUCUGGUGUUUAUCUUAGCCUGGAUAUCUACUGGCCGAGCCCACGGAGAGCAGGCUGUGCAGCCAAGCUAAAUACAAACGGAAGACAGAUAAUUUGCACGCCAGGGCGUGCACGUGUAUUUUGUGUGUGCGCAUGCACAUCCGUAUGCGUGUGCAUACACACGCAGGCUUUGUUCACAUCCCUCCGUGCACGUCAGUGGUUUUUGUUUGACACGAACGCGUCACGUCGCAGGUGCGUUGGCGCAUACGAGAAGGGAAGCCUAACAUAUACGGGUCGUACAGGUGUUUUCGGCGUGUGCUUCCAGGUGCACGCCUCUGACUCAGAUAAGAUCUCUUGCGCAGCAAUUCCCUGUGCUUUCUCUAAGCCUUCUGAAGCUUUUUAGAUAAAAUGGAAAAACACAGAGCUUCCCAAGCCUUCCAGUAUCAGUCGGCCACAGAGGCUUUAAAGUGCAUCUACCAGGCCACCUGCAGCUGUUUGGGAAACAAGAAGGAGGAUGAGGGCUAACAAAAUAAACUGUCCCACCUGUGGAGGAAGAGGAGGAGGAGGAAGAGGUCAACCUUGUGACUCCAAUUAACCUGUCCUCACAGGGGUGUGAGGGCAUGGAGUUUAUAUAAAUCAGGCUCAGGGGUGGCUGGGUGUUUUGGGGAAGGGGUGAGAGAAGUGGUUUUUCUGGCAUGCUUGAUGUCCUCUUGGUGGUAAGAGGUUUGCAGUGACUUAGGAGAUUAAAGACUUCAGGAGUAGCAAGGAGGCUGUGAGUGUGUUAUGCCCUGCUUUUUCUGAGGACUUACACCUUUCUUUUUCCCUGUUUCCAGGUCCUUUCUGUAAUGGUCAGGUCAUCUGUAAUGGUCAUCUCUGUGGCUUGGGGCAGAGGAGAAAGUCCUGGCUAGACCUGAGUUGCUGCUUGCAUGAUAAGGGCUGUGUUCCUCCCCACAGACCUCCCGAAGCGCCACAGACGGGUUUCCCUGGGAUUCUGCUGGGUUCAGAAACUCUCCCGAAUCUGCUGGAAACACUUUCUCCUUGCUUAAACCUCUGCUGCGUGGAGCGUCUGGCACACCGGGAGUCUUCCUGCCGUUAUGUUUUGCGUUUGCACACCAUCGGGUGCCCAACGAACGCACCCCGCUCCGGGCUGCUCCCGGGGGCACUGGUACCCCCUGAGUCUCGCUGCCGCUGUGCCCGUACCCUCCCUGUCUGCGCAGACUACCUGCUGAUGUUGCUGUUCUGUGUUUCAGUGGGAAAAUAUUGAAUAUGGCAUAUAGGAAUUGGCUCUUCGCUCUCAGCACUGAUUACAUUUGCAUAUGCGGAAAGAGAAGCUAGCCGUAUCCUGGCAGAUUGGAUGUAACACCAUCUGAAAAGUUGAAAUGAUGCUGUCGGAUGAGAAUUGGGCUGUGAAGUUGCUGUGUCUGUGCCUUCUGACGUCUCUGUCUUAUACUGGACAAAAUGAACCAGAUGCCUCCCCGAAUCCAUCGGUUCCUUGCCAGGGAUGAACAGGAUCCAGCAAUAAGGAUUUUGCUGCGGAGUUGGCUCCCUGAAUAUUCCACUUUACGGUGAAAUGGCUUGUGCAGCUCGCUCUGUAUUAAAAUUCUUGAUGAAGAUUAUUAAAGUGUGUUUAUGAAAAGCCUGCGAGUGCUUCUUGGACUCCAACCUGCCUUUUCAAAAUGAGAUGUUUGGGUGCGGGCUGAGCGCUUGUGAGUUAUUAAAACCAGCCUGUCCAAACCCACCCGCUCCAUUGGCAAAGCGCGAUAUCUGCGGCAACCCGGAUGGCCCGAGCCCCUUCCAGCUGGGGACCGGUGUGGGGUGACUGGUGCGACCCCUCGCCGUUCCCCCAAACCUGGCUGCAAAUAUGCUUGUGUGUGUUGCACAAUUUAAGGAAACGCUCGUGUCCCUCCACCCCGGGCUAGAGCGAGGUGCGGAGGAGCGAUGAGGAGCCGCGGGAGCCGGCCAAGCCUUCGGGAGACGUUUCUGCGCUGGAGACGGAGCCCUCGAAUGCCGCACGCAGACGCGCGUCCCGCCGGCGAUGCCACCUCCUCUGCUGACACCGAGCGGUCCCUGUCACCCGGAGCCAGCUUCCCCGUCUCUAUGCAGAUGUUUGAUUAGUGGGGCUAAUUGGAUCCCCGAGCUGCUUUCCAACUCUUCGCUCGGUAGGAAAAUGGGAGAUGCACCAACGGGUGCCACAUAGGAAAGGUGUUGAACAGGCUCAUUAACUUCUGCUGCUCAGGAGAUAUUUGCAAAACCACAAGCGGACGGCUCAAGCUCAGUUAUCCAACCCUUCCACAUCCCACGAGGAUCCCGGCUGGUGUUGGUGCUUGCGGUACGAGGACCUUCACCAGGAGAGGGGUUUGCUGAGACCCUAGCAGAUGCCGGUACGAGGAAGAGAGCAGCAGGAAUCAGCAGAAAUGCUGUGAAAUUCUGGAUUCAGGAGCAGCGAAACCCCCCAAGCAAUGUAGAGACCCGCUCCUCUUGUCGGCACAUCUUGGGGGCUUGGCUCCGGAGAAAGAAAUUACUCAAAAUAACCAGAUUAGGGAAAGAGUCCCCUCGAUGCCGAAACAGUUCACGGCCACGUUUGCUAAAGGAAAAAGACCGAACAGCAACUCGGCUCUGGAUUUUAAUCCGUCAGAGCAGAGCGUUUGAAGAGGAGCUGUCGUGGAAGGGAGCGUCUGCGCUGAUGAAAAGCCGCCCAUUUGAGCUGGAUCUCAGCUGAAUUAUCUUGGAUCCGUCACUCACACAUCUGUAGCUGUGAUCCUCCUUUCCAAGCUGCUUCUCCUCGGAGCACUUUACAGAGUGAGAGGGGAAACUGAGGCACAGGGCUGACCUUUUCCUUUGAAGAAGACAACCUUCUCCAGACCUCUGCAGAAUCCGAAGAGACGGAGCGAGUACCCCCACAUGCUGGACAGGGGUUUUGCUGCCCUUACGUGGCCAGGAUCAGGGCAGAAGCGAGAUUAGCUGCAAUCAGAGCAAUGAAGAGGAAGGGUGGAAUGUGGAUCGCGAGAGGAGCAGCCACCUUUCAGGCCAACAGCUGCUUUGGGGGAUGGGUUAGAUAAAUGUGCAGGAUUUCCAACCCAGCCCUACACAUCCCGGCCAGAAGACUUCACCGGAGCACGGGUGUGGGGGAAUGGCCGACUCUGAUAACGCCACAUUCAUCUCGGGCGAUCCUGGCUUGCCAAUCCACCGCAAAGACGCCGCUUGACAGUUUAGGAUGCAAAAGGAGAUGGCAGAGAUAAAACCAGGUCAGCUUUCUUUGGAAAGAACCGAAACGCGGAGGGAAUCUCCUCCAAGACAUCUUUUUUUGCUGCUUUUGGAUGCUAGGGGCUGUCCCUGCGGGAGGAACCAACCCUGCUUCGAAGCACUUGCACGCAAGGCAAGACCGAGGUGUGUUUUUUGGGUUUGUUUGGUUUUUGGUUGGUUUUUUUUUCCCUUGUGAAGGGGGAGCAGAGGUAUGGCAGGGCUGCAGCCCCAGCUCGUGCGGGCAGGACGCAGCAGGCUGGGGAAUUAAAUUUUCCGUGCGCUUUCCCGCCGACCUGCUGCUGUUACCCGCUUUCCGUGGUGGCGAUGGGACGCCUGGGCAGCGGAGGGGCCGCCCCAAGGCGUUCGUCGAAAGGAGAUGGCACCCAGGGAAGGAGGAUGGGCAGGCUGGAGGAGAGCCAUGGCUCUGGACAGACGGACGGACGCUGCUCCCCGCCUGGCAGCGCGGAACCAUCUCCAAAUGAUUUUGCAGCCACAAGUCGUGUCACCGAAGUCACCGACGUGCCGUGCGAUGAGGUGCUACCGCUUAGUGGGUGGACAACCUCACACGUCGAGAGGAGACCUUGUGGGAAGUUUGGAUUUCUUCUUCUCGUCCCUCUCUCCCCUCCAGCCACCCCCUUCCCGCUUCCCACCCACCCGCCCAACUUCAUGUGUACGGGGAAGGAAACAGCCCCGGGGAAACACGCUGGGCUGAAUUUCCAUCUGGGCACGGUAUAAAACAGCCCCAGGAACGGCCAGGCACGCUAUGAUCUUCCACUCUCCAAAAUCAAAGCAAGGCAAAAGCUGUCUCUCCUUUUUCCCUCUUGCCAAGGGCUAGAAAUCUCAUCAAGAUCCAAAGCGUAUCAUUCCAGGGAGAGAUUUAUACAGGGGGAAGGGGCAGAAUUGGUUAUUUGAUGAUUGGGUUGCAUUUUUUUUUAAAAAAGUCCUUAAUAUCUCCCUUCCCUCCUUCACUGUACAGCACAAAUCCCCUUUCCAACACAUGCACGAGAGCAGAGCUGAACCGUUCGCACAGAAAACAGGUGAUAAAUCACGGGGCAAUUGAUUCAAACCAUUCCAGGGAAUGGGAAACACAUGGACGGUCUUUCUAAUUAACUGUUUGAUAUGGCUGCGGUGAGUUUGGGUGUAGUUUCCAAUGUUUUUGCAUUUGGCUUGUCUCAGCCCUCUCCAUGGUAACUGCAGUUUACCGGAAAGUGAGAAAAUCCUGCGUUCGAGAGAGCUUAAAGAGACUUGGUACAGUUCAGCCCAACCACAAUAAAAAAAAGAAAAAGCAAAAAGUAAAUACGGUGUUUCCUCUGUGGGAAUGUGUCCUUCUCUUUCCAGCUGGAAAAACAAAACAAAAUAAAAGGUCCUUCUGCUUUAUCUGUAAAUCUUCACUUUCUGGUAGGUUGCAGAGCGCUUGGAACUGUUGCCCUCCAAGACAGGCGCUGGGGUUUGCAGGUCAGGGCAAAGUCCCUCUGCCAGCUCUCCCACCCGUACGUACCCGCUGACAGAGGCACCCAAACAGCCCGUCUGUCACCUCUGCUCAGUCCAGCUCCCCACCAAAAAACCAAAGGCAGCAGCUGCG